GUUAACGCCCCGAGACAAUGAAGCGAAAUUUAGAUUGAGGUCUCAUGAACAGUUAAGGAUUAUGGUUCAACAGCGAAGAAAAAUACCGAUUUAAUAUGGAAAAUGAAAAAACUAAUGAAGCGAAGCGACGUGAGCAGCGAGGCAAAAGUGUUGAUGAUGCUUUUAUGUUUGAUCGUCGUUCAAGUUUUGAGAUGCCGAAUGAAACAACUCCUCGAGACUCGGCCGAUGAUCUUUUAAAACUUAGGAAAAGGACACGAAAUAAAUCGUGGGCAAGUAGUGCAUUACGACAAAAUUUCUUGCCAGUCGAGAAAAGAUCUCAGUCAUCUAAAGCUACGUUUGAUAAGCACAGGCCAUCACAUCGUGUGAAAUAUAACGGACAUCCGUUUGACAGGAAUAAAACUGGGCGAUGGCAAGGGGAUUACAUCAAGAUGAACUUACCCAAGAAAUGGCUAAGAGACUAUGAGAAAAAGCAGGUGAGAUUUUUCAGUUUAUUUUUUUAAUGCUAAGCUUUCAAGAAUCUUGCAAGACCCUUAGCCCGUAAGCCGCAUCUCUAAGCAACAAUUCGCACUCGUAAACUCAAAUACCUGGUAGAUCACGUCUACGUUUUAUUCAGUCAGUUCCUUAAUAUGCAUCUCUAUACAGUGCUCGAAGAUUAUUUGAUUGUUUCAUUUUUAUUCCAGGCUAUUUCUGUGUUCAAUUUUAAUAUACGCGGAUUUUUUAUACUCGGAUUUUUGUGGGGCUAUUAAGUUUUGUAGACUUAGCUCGCGUGAGCAACCUAGGUAAUCGCGUGACAAAUAUUCGUUAAUUAUUUAAAAAAUUUGGUACCACAAUCCAAUAUUCUCUCAUUACCUUAAAAAAAAUAGAUCUGCUGAUUUGCGAAUGUAUACAUUCGUUGAGAUUGGUGGCUAUAUGAAUUUUAUCCCGUCCUUUAUUGCCGGUCGAUGGCGCACUUGUUUCUGGUUUUUAGAAGAAUGCGCAAGGUCAUGACAAAGCAUUUAAUAAAAGUCAUAAUAAGGAUGGAUGAGCACAUACUUCAAAUAGUUGCUUUAUACAGCUCAUUGCAGAUGAAACGACUUAACAAAAGUCUGGAUAUUCCGCUACAAAGAACCUUUGAAUACAUGUUGCUGUUCUCUCUUCCUUUGAAUUUGUGAUACUGAUCACUGAUUUCUUUCAACAACUGCAAAACGUUUAUCAGAUAAAGAGUCCAAACCCCCAGAGAAGUCUGCCAACCCAAACUGUGAAAAUCCCGCUGAGAAUUUAAUUAAAGAAAUAAGCUCCCUUGCUUGCAAAAAGCCGGAAACUGCAUAAAAGUUUCUAAGGUUAAUUGUAUGGCAAAUGCCACAAAGCUGUGGCCCGACGUGAUGAAGUUUUAAAAGAAAAUACUGCCUUGAUCACUGGCAAAGCUUUUUACGGUUUUAACGAUGUAAUUGUUGAUAAAAAUGCUUUUCCUUAUCUGCCCACUUAUUCCGCAUUAGCAUUGUUGUGUUUAUGGGUAAUCUGUUUUAUCUUACUUAGUUAUGUCUGAACUAGUACUUACCACAGAUCAGGGUAGAUAAAAUUUGUUUCCUGUGUUAAUUAAAGACGCCAUCCAAGAGAUUUACCAAGGUCAACACUGGCAAAUUCCUCAAAUACUACCUUCCAUUUUGAAUAAUACAAUAUUUGAUUCUAGCUCACAAAAUGCUAUAGAAUCGUAGGCUUAAGAAAAUUCUGCCUUUCUUAACAAACAUGAGUACAUGUUUUCUCACACAAAUAUUAUCCAAUCGUUGUCCAUCUUAAAUCACUCUUCAGUUCAGCUGGCGAGUUUUCAUUUAAAGUCGAGUCCUGUUUAACCGACUCAAUCGUUAUCUCUGGGUGACCUGUGGUACAGGUUUGAUCUCAGUGGUUCAGUUUGAAUAACACGCCAUCAGUGUCAUUUUUGCUCCACAGGCAGAUCUUCAGAAGCAAACUAAAGGAAAGCUUGAGGUAGGUCAAAUUGAGUUUUCCUGUUUUGAAACAAUUGCAGUCAAAUGCCAUGUAGAACUUAAAGUACCGUUUACUUGAUAUCGGUUGGAAAUUGCACCAACCAAAACAUUUUAAACCAAACUGAUAAGCAAUAAAACCAUAUCGGCGAAUAUGAACGCUUGAUCAAAACAAAUUGCAAAAAAUGUGCAUGUGUUUAAAAAAACUAACAUCAUUCUAAGAGGGACUACACGAAACGGUGCUUUUGAAAAUUUUGUGAAGAACUCUUAAUCAAAUUAAGACAACGAACCAACAAUAAUAGCUAUUAUAGCAAUCAUAAAGCAGUUUUCAAUUGAGUGUUGAAAGUAAUUCGCGAGUGCUUUGGUUUUACUUUAGUUUGCUCUUUGAUUGGUCCAGAAAGCUCCUGCCACUUUCUCAAACAAUCAGAUUCAAAACUAAAACAACCGGCGACUUGGUCACUCGCAUUUUCCCGCGCUUCAGACAGUUGACUUUCUUUUACUUUUAGUUCUUAUUGGCUCGUUGUGGAUAUUUUACUUUGGGUUUGGUUUUACAAAUCGAAAUCGAAAAGCGCUCUAAUAGUGAUAAUAAUAAUAAUUGUCAUUUUUGUUGCGCAUUGCAAAAAAAAGAAAAAACCUUCCUCAUAUGGUAGUUCAUCAAUUGAUAAAUUGAUUUAUUCGAGUACCAUUAUGAUUCCUUCUGCAACAUUUCGCUUGAGCCCAGUUCAAUAAAAAAAAUUACUAAGAAAAAAGAUACUGUGGGACUGAAAGGAUGAAUAUUGGACAUGUGCCACUUUCUUUCCUUGCCCGGCUGCUUUUCAGGAAAAACAACAAUGGGCAACUUGCGGACAAAUUCCACAGCAAACCCAAAUUGGCAGCGAGGAGAGGAAAGAUAGAAAAUAGGACGCAUGUCAUGAGGUUAAUCCAUUUUAAAAAGAUCCUCGCUUGGCCUGUUUGAUGGUUGAAAUAAUUGUUACAAGUAAAAAUGUUUUUCCUUGCUUCUUGUUAAUAAGAGAAACAAGCAAAACAUUUUACCUGUCACAAACUUAAAAGUUUGCUGCGGUUUUUUGUUGUUUAUGUUGUUUAUGGCUCGCUUAUGACGUUCACGCCACGAGCAAGCACGAGAUGACCUUCAUCAGCAGUACUCGGACUCAGCAUUAAGAAGUAAAGUACUGUAGACAAGCUGAGAGUGUUCUAAAAUUUGCCUCCGUGAUCUAAGGGAAAAACUUGAUGAGGAACGUUGAUGACCAACAUAGCUUGCAGUAUACGCUUACCUUAAAAAUCACUUCGCUAUUGAAUUGGGGUUUUAUCGCGUUUGACUUCCCUAAGGCCAUAGUGACCCACUGUGUUCUUCGUAUGUUAUUUUUCAGCCUCUGGAUCGAUUUCGACGUGCUGUUAGAAUGGUAAGUAUGAUAUGAUCGCUGAUGAUCCUUGCCUAUAGCGCAGCUAUUGCUGUUAUUUUUGUUGUUGCUGUUAUCCACGUCACAUUUGAGUGAAAGCUUCUGUUGAAAAUGCCUCUAAGCCACUUUCUGCAGAUAUACCUGUGUUGUUCCAUGCUAACGAUGGUUAAGUUUGGCGUGCUCGAUCCGCCCUACACGAUCCUUUCCCUUAACAAAUAAAGAAUAUGAAAUUCAAAUUUUUAACGCACUGCAACUGAGCCAAUUUUUUUGUGUUCACGUUGGGAUCACUUGCAGUCGAUGUGCACGUUCAAAUCGUUUGGUUCAUCGGGCUAAGUGAUUCUUAUCCCCACCACUGAAAAUUAUGUAUAAAACUGUGACACUGCUCGAGUUAUCACAACCGAAAAGUAACUUAAAAUCUCGAAAAAUGUCCUCAAAUGUGAAAGCCAGCAUUUUGAAUCCUGCUCAACAACCCGGCCGCUUACCAGUGAUCAAGGGAUGAUGCACUGACUUAUUUAAUUUGCAUUCCCAUGUGUCCAUACUGGUCAUCAGUAUGAUUCAGGAGCUACACAAGGAGGACUUCUUGACCCAAAUGAUACAUUUUGUGCGAUAACCAGCUAUUUUUGAACUGCACGUCGUGGUUUUGCUCGUGCGGCCAGAUUACAGAAUUGUUCUCAAAAUAGCGACGCCAUAGUACGAUUAGCAGCACAUUCGAAGAGAAUCUUUGAAUAAUUAGAUUAAUCUCAGAAGUCUCAAAUCGGUGUAAGAAGUGAGUCAUUACUUAUAGUAUUUAAUGGCUGGGAUGAAAAUGUAAUGGAUUAUAUAGCUUACUUAUACUUAUACUUAUUACAUGUAUAUCUUUCAGUUAGUACGUGCGUUUGAGAAUGUAUUAGGCCGUAUUUCAUCAAACGGCCGCUAAAUUCGAGAAUUUCUUUGAAUUGAAAUCUUACCCUUCUAUUUGAACCCAGAUGUAUGAUAAAUAUCUUCCUGACCUCGUUAACUCGGUCUGUACUGCAACUUACGAAACCUUGAGCAGAAAAAUUCGGUCCGUAACUCACAGUUCAGACCUCGAACUGGGUUAGUUAGAGUUGUUUAUUGUUUAUUAUACCGACCUUAGAGAGGUAAGGGUCUGCACUUCUUUUCGGUUUACCGCGGUCAUAACACGUUUGAUUUGUCAGUAUAACUGUCUUAAAGUUUAAAGAACUUUUCUUUUAUUCUUUUGACAUCCCGUAUGGGUUAUUACGCUGGUAAACCGAUAAAAAAGUGCGAUUCAUUGCUUUAAAAUCGAACCAUAAUCGGGUUUUUAUCUAUAAUGCAAUUUACGUUCGGAAUAGCCCCAUCUCCACCGAGAAGACUACUGAUUGGAAUCAUGUGAUUCAAACUCGCACGUCGUAUUGCCCCUCUCGUGUUUUUGUUGUAGGUUCAAACUCUCAACUCUUCAAUUCGGAGCAUCGUAUAUCACGCUGUAAAGAAAGGCCAAUAUGAAGAAGUUACUUCUGACGCCACACUUAGCUUGAAAAGUGCCGCCGCCCAGGGAACUGUGGAGGAUCUAAUGUUUGAUCCAGAAAAUUACAAAUGCCACCACGAGGUGACUUGUGAAAUCUUUUUCCGUAAUUUGUUAUGCCAAAACUGGUAGCUAAAGUUCAUGCAAAGACAUAAACUAGGAGCUAAAUGGUUGCUCUCUGAGGAUCUACUAGAAUUUCAUCGUGCAACAAUAUUUACACAUAAUCACAUCGCUAGUUACUCGAAAUAAGAGAGAGAAUUCUAACAACUAUUGUAACAAGCCAAGCCUGAAAACAAAAUUAAUAAGCACCGGGGAAGUAAAAAUAAAGAAAGGAAAAAGAUCUUGACGAGAGCGAGAGUUAUUGUUGAAAAAUAAAGUUUUGAGAAAACUGCUGUAAAUCAUAAAAAAUGAUAUUGUAAUUUUCGUAGGGCGUAGAUACCCCAGCGAAACGGCAAUUUAUCGAUGAUCCAACUAUUUUAUCCGUUCAUAGAGGAAAGGUCUUGAAUGUUGUUGGACUUUUUUUUUUAUCUGUUAUUAGAAUACAAUUACGUUUGUGCUUUCAGUUUCUAAUACCAAGAUGGGCCAAGGAAAUUACCCUCAAGGAACCGCAGCAAAGGACUAAGCAAGAAAUUCAUUCCAUCGUUCAACUUAUGAAGCAACUCAAAGGUUUCCGUAGAUACAGCUUUAAGAUACAAGAAGCGAUUUGUGCGGCACUCAAAUACGAUUGGUACGAUAAGAAACAGCCAUUAAAAUUUAGAGUUCUGUUCGUUCGUCGCAAGAAGAUUUGAAUACUCACAUUACAAAAUUACUGUUGGGUAUACUCCAGCUUAGAUGCUUCCCAUGGGAUUAUGUUCUUGCCCAUUGUGUGAGUUCUUCAUCGUACAAACAGCUUGUACCAUGAAUGUCUUUUAUUUGAAUUAUUCGUUCACAACCCUACGAGGGAAUCAAAUCUGUUUUCUGAAGCACUAACACAAGCGUUUCCCUUAAUCUUGUACCUCUUGUUUUCUUGAAAGCAAAUGAAGUCAGCCAAAGUUUCAUUGGUGUUCAAGUUAAUGCGACAUCGCUCAAAUUAAAAUGAGAGGUUGAUAGAAAAUUAAAGGACGCAAGUAGUCCUGAGGUAAUUUCAUUUUGCUGUGAACAACAAUGCACAUGAAUGUAAUGCUAUUCAAAUGGCAUGUCUGUUUCGCAGCUUUGGACGACGUCGUGUGGUAAUUCGGAAAGGUCACGUUGCUCAACGGUUCUACUUUGUAUUUAGUGGCUCAGCAUGUGUGACAAUCGAUGAUGACGAACACAGCGCAUUUGUUAAACCAACUACCUUGCUCAGAAGAGGGGAUCACUUUGGGGUAUGCCACUUAGAGUUAAAUGGGCCGAAUAAAAUUCUAAAAUUUGUAAAAGAUAGGCCCUUUUGGCGUGAUAAUGCAUUGUGAGAGUCUUUCUUGGUUUUUUUAAUCUUCAGUUAACACUAGAUAGUGUAAAACAGUGUGGGUAAAUAGCUAUUCACCACGUGUGAUUGUAAUUUAGGGUCUAUCUUCCUUCAUGCCAUCGUUACUCUGUUUUAUGUCAUCCUUAUUAAGCUCAAAAACUAUUGUUAUUAUCAAAAUUCGUUAUUUAACGCUUCUUUUCAACAGGAACUCGCUUUUAUUCGUGGACUGAGAAGGGCAGCCACAGUAGUUUGUCUAGAAAGAACUGAGUUACUGUCCGUGGAGAGAGGAGAUUUCUUUUCCGCUAAGAUUGAUGUGUCCUUCAACGCGGAUAUGCAAAGGAGAGUGGCACUCCUAAAGUAAGGAAAAUGAAUCGUCAAAUAAUGGAUAUGACACGUUAGGCAUCAAAAUGCUAGUUGUGUUCGAGACAUCGCGCAGAUAAUCUGUUUAUAAGACAAUAAGCAUCAGUAUACGCUUGCAUGUAAUAUAAUCUAGAAGAAUUGCAAGAGCUGCGUCUUUAUCCCAUGGGUCAUUUUUCCAAGUCACAACGAACUUCAUUUUAAUGGAAAGAGAGCCUGAAAUGAUCGUAUUUCAAUGUAGAAAAACAUCAGGGCCGUCUAAAUAUGCCAAAUGGCUCGAGGUUGAAUGGUGAAAAUUAACAAUUAUUCCAGAUGACGACUCGGAACUGGCAAAGCUUUUUUUAAGAUGGACAACUUUGACAAUGCUCUUCUCAGUGUAUUUCUAGGUCUCAAUAGGAGUAGUGUUUCAGUUUAUAUUACGCCACAGUUAAGAUUAAGAGUAUAAACGCAAAUGACCCACAAAAGCAUUUCAAUAAAACGUUUUAACAAGUCUUGAAGAAAUAGAAAUACUUCCUGCAAAACAUCCUUACCCAAUUGAUUAUAAGACACAAAAAAUUUGUGAUCGAGUAUUUUCAUCUACACGAGUAACUUAAAGAAAUCCUAUUUGACCCUUGGAUGAAAAAAUAACGGAAGAACCUAUCCCUAGUGGUGAACUCGAUCAGAUUCCGUAACGGGGAAAGAGUCAGUUGUUCACCUGUGUUCAUUCUUCAUUUUUUUCUUUCAUCUCUGUCGCCACCGAUCAAAUGCUUAUCAUCUGUUCACAUUCCAACUGUGUUUUAUUUAAAUGAUGUUUUUUUCUCUUAGGGAGCAUCACGUGUUCAGCACGUGGCCUGCAGAUGUGGUGAAACAGGUUGCAGAGGAGAGCAUACUUCAGGACUACAAUAGUGAUGAAGUGAUUAUUCGUGAUUCGUCUAAGAUGCAUUGUAUAGUAUUCGUCACAAAGGUAAGAACUUAGGGACAUGGAAUGGAGGCUGGCGCGGUAACCUGAAGUAGUUUAAGGUCAUCAGUAAGUAGUUUAAGGUCAUCGUCUUUGAUCUUUUCUGCUAGUUCAUAAGUCAAAUCGUUACAACUGACGAUAAAUGAAACUUAUUGCUUCUAUCUAGUGGAGUUUACAGCGCGCAUAGUGCGCGCAGCGUAGCUCUAUAUCUAAGAAAAAUGGUGAGCAAUCAACACAUCAUGAUUGGCGAUCUCUCUGUGUACGCUUUUGAUGACUGUGUCUUAUCAUAUAUGUACCAAAGGUACACUUUUUACGUUCCUUCGUGAAGGGAAUAAAUGUCUUGUAGCUCUCUAUGAAAACUGAGUACGUGAAAGAAUACUUUGGCCUCUAAAGAGUGCAUAUCAAGCGAAAAUGAGCUUUACGGUUCUAUUUCCUUCUUAUUUAACAAGGAAUAACAGUAAAUCGAAUAGUCCGAUCUUCUAGCCGAUAGUAGUCCAGUUAAGUACAAAAGGGUUUUUAAAAGGACUUUUAUCGGUGACUGUGACUGUCUUUUCAUCAACGUAUGCUAAAUCCAUCAUCAUGUUAAGGGUCUUUUGCUCGAGUAAUAAGUCAUCUUAGUGGUUCUACACUUCCUUAGGGGCACCUUUAGCUUCAGCUCUACCUGUUUUUAAGUUCGGUGACCUUCUUUUUUAAUCGAACUGCGCUCUUGACCCUAAAAUUUAUCGUUCCACAUCUAAAUCCGGAUUAUUUAAGGUGGCUCCGCCGAAUCAAGGGUGCAGUUCUUUGUUAACGCAUUCCGUGCUCACUCUUUCUCCUUAACAGAACUGUUGAAAAGCAUAUAAGUAAAAAAUACGCAUUAUUCACUUGCUAUACGAAAAUUUAUUUCCGGGAACCGCAAAGUUUAUCAGUUCUUAAUUUAUAGUGGAUUUAAAACUUUUCUAAAUAGAGACAUAAAAAAAAAUUCAUUAGGCAAACAACUAUAGAGGUUUCAAAGUCUGUUUUUUUAUUGUUUUAUCAAGGGUCAGUGCAAUGUAUUAAGACUGUUAGACCUCAGUGACUGUAAGGAAUACAUCGACCACGCCUUGAAAUAUAGGAUGGGGAAAAUAAAAGAGGAUGGGUCAACAAUUUACAACCCUUUUGUGGACGACAUCUCUGUAAGCUCAGUAGUUUUACGAGGAUUGCCUCCGAGAUCUGAGAGCCCCGAGGAAAACUCCACUGCAACGAGCUCGGUAAAAAGGGUGCGAGAAAAAGCGAAAUCGGCUCCUCCCAACACAAACCCAGGCUCGCAUCAGUCAGAAAUGAUAGCGUCUCGGCCUGUUACAAAAGGAAUCCUACACUUGGGAAGCUCAAAAAGAAAAUCGCCAAGGGGUCUAGUGAGUUUCCAGGAUAAACAUAGAGAAUUACCCGGUUUAGAAGUAGAAGUUUUGCAACCUUCCGAAAAUCCACCAAGAUCUCUUAAACCCUCGGGCUCGCUGUACCAAAUUAACGAGAAGGAGGAGAGAUUCCAUGAGAAACACGCAGUGGAUGAGAAUGUUGGUGUUGGAGUUUAUAUGAUGGUGGAUCGAUUGAGACCAGGUCAAUGUUUUGUAAGUAUAACUCCUUACCCAACAUUGUCAGUUCAUUUCCUCGUCUAUUCAAGUGAAUAAUACAUUUAGUGUAAACUAGCUAGAAUUGAAGUACCGUGGUUAGCGUAAACAUGGAGUUGUGGCAGCCCCAAUUCAUUUUCAAAGUUUCAUCAUGGGUACGCGUAUACUGGUAGCAAAAUGUGACUUGAGUAAUGUUCAGAUUACCCCUGUUUUCGGAGAUCCCAGAAGGUUGUGGAAAUAACCACUUCCGCCGGCCAUAUACAUUUCAUGUGGCAUCACCACCAGUCAAGCUACAAGUCUCAUUAUUCCUUACAGACCAGAUGCCCCAAGUUUAAAAAUAAAUUGACACUAGCUAUUUUUCGAAUGAGUGUUAGACACGCUGGCCUGUUUCCUUGUGCGUUGCACUCUGGAACAAAAGAAUCGGUCUUGAGCUCUGGUUGUGUCCCUGUGUUGUGCCCUUUAGCAAAACGCUUUCAAUGGGUAUUGAAAACAGUCAGCAAAGCUUGAAGAAUUGUAGGGGGUAUUCCAGCGCUGGACUGACAUCAAAUCCUUAGGGUGUCAUGUUUCUGAGCCUGGGCAUGCUCUAGUAAAAUUGUCUUAUGGCUAAAAACCUGACCUUGUCCUAUGGUAUCCUCUCGUGUCUGUGUCUGCAAAACCUGCUGUUGCUGUACAGCUUGAAUAUGGAUCUGUUUGAGUUGCUGAAUUUUUUUUUCCUUUAUUUCAAAUUCGUCACAAUCGUAUUGUUAUUCACCAUCUCAGGGUGCGUGGUCUUUGUUGGAGCUAGAGGACCAAUGCUUGCCCGCGGCUGAGAAGGCUAACUCUCCUUCACAACAAAAUGAACGAGACCUGACCAGCCAUAACAAGAAAAGUAUUAAAAGGCAGACUAAGGAGGAUAAACUAAGGGACAGACGCUUUACUUUGGUCAGUGCCGGCUGUGAAGUUGUCAAAGUAGCCAAAGAAGUUUUCUUCAAAUAUUCAGACGCUGAAACUCUUGAUAAACUUAAACAAUUAACAACCACUUAUCCUAAAGAUAGCUUCUUGUGUCAGAAAUAUCUUCAGCAGAGCGACUGGAGGACAUACAGAGAGAAUGUUGUAGAUAAUGUUGUGGUAAGGCAUAUUGCUCGCCUAGAGACAGCUAAAGGAUCUGCUCGCUCACAUAAGGUCAGAUCAUCCCCAGUCCCGUCGCCGCUGGGCUCGGUAAAAAUGUGGCCAUCUAUAAAUUCCAAGUGGGAGUACUUCCCAGACGCAGGAUGGGAGUCUGCACAAGUCAACACACCAGCUGUUGACGGUUAGUAGUGCUAAGCUUUGUAUUUUCGUUGGAGCGUAUUUCAAGUAUCGUAUAACUAGAAUAAAGGUAAUAACGACUGCCUAUCAGGGGAACGGAAAAGAUAAUGAGUAGACAAUGAGAACUCAAAGAUCAAACUCGCAACAUACCCGAAGCGCAAGAAACUCGAGUGACCAAGUCGUGAUUAGAUAAAGUUUUGAAUCUCAAUGGUCGAGAAAGUUUCGCUAGUGCUCUAGACCGAUCAUAUGAAGAAGUAGAGCAAAACUAAAGCCAUGCCAUAUUUCUUGCGCUACUCAAUUAAAAAUUACGCAGUCUAUGGACAGCGCUAAUUGCCUCGUCGUUAUUGACGACAGAUAUGAAGAUGUAUGGAUCACCUCUAAUAUUUCUAUUCUUUGAAGGAGGAGUGAGUUUGCAAUUAGUUUGAUGAUUGGUGAUUUAGUAAACAUCAUUUAAUUUAUUUUAGCCGGGACUUCAAGACCACACAGCUCCGAUUGUUCUGCUAUAAAUCCAUCAAGUCGGGGUCGGAGUCCAUCAUCGAGAAAACAAUCACCGUACGCCACGCCCCGUGGUUCACCCAUACCUCUUCCUUCACCUGCCUCAAAAUCGUCCGAAAAGCUUUUACCGCUGGUCAAAAAUGACCUGGUGCUAGCUCAGGGUAGUCAGAGGGCACUGGUACUGACUCAUGGCGGUAGUAGGAGUAAUAAUUAUCAACUACAGAUCGAGAGACGAAUAAUUGACAAAAACGACUCCAGGAAAAAUAAUCCACUUUUAAAUAGAGUGAAAUAGCAUUUAGGAUCCAUCAAGGGGUCGUUUCAAGGAAUCAAUCGACUCUUCUCCCAAACUACCGCCUAAUUUAAGUAUAUGAAAUUAUUUAUCACGAAUUGAAAGUUGUAUUGAAUGUUUUAUCCGAUGACAUUAAAAAAUCUUGAGAUAGGUGAUCAGGUCAACAAGUUGG